AUGCAUUUUAUCAAUCUGUGCCUUUCGCUUUAUUUUAAGGUUUGUUCGGUUCGAGGCAAAUUGUUUUGAUACUCAAAAUUGUUUAAUUUCAGCACAAACUGAUGACGGUCACUUAUCAGGUGAUUGCACUUUCGGCGUGUUUGGUGCAUCUGGGAAGUGAGGGCGUUCGAUUGGGCCUCGGAUUUUAUGGGAAUUUAGCGGAAAAUGUAAGCUGGACAGGGCUGGGCAAUUGGCCGGCCCUUGAACUGGACUUUUGAACCACUUGCAAUAUUCCGAUCCGACCCAAACUUUGCAGGAUUGUUGGACUUGGAUUGAGGGCCAUUGGGUCCAAGUUUCAGCCCGAUCGGAUCGUCGGGUCCCGAGAUAUGUGGAUCAAUGGCCGAUUUUUUCCAAAAAGCCCGGGCUUCCGGCCAAUUUCGGCCAAUGAUCCACAUUUCUCGGGACCAAAUGAUCCGAUCGGGCUGAAACGUGGUCCCAAUAUGCUUCAACCCAUGGCCAAGAAGCCUGCAAAGUUUGGGUCUGAUCGGAAUAUUGCAAGUGGUUCAAAAGUCCAGGCCGGCCAACGAAAAGCCCGUACCGGCCAAUUGCCCAGCCCUGAAGCUGGAAACUACUACCUUUUUGAACAACUUUUAUUUUAAAGAUGUCGGCACUUUUCGGCUUUCUAAUCACCUCAAUUAUCAUCCAAAUCCCAUUGACCGUGUUUUUGGCGUGUAAUAAUUCUUUUAUCAAUUUACCACUCGAAUACAUUUUCUACGCCAUGAUCGUGGCGUUUAGCGGAUUUCAGGUCAGCUUUUUCAGCACACAAAAUUACGAUUUAUCGAUAAAUUUUCAGACAAUAUUCGCGAUUCAAGCAUUGAUGAAAACUGCGGAUCGACAAGUUGCAAAGUAUUUGGACAAAAUCGAGCGGGAAAAGUUGGACUCGCUCUUCGGACCGGAAAAACGGAAAAAGUCGCCGAUAACGACGAGACGAGUACGCAAAAUUCGAUAUGAUCCGCAAUAG